CUAAGCCGAAGUUCUCCCGGUUUUGAAGUAGGCGUCACUGGUAGCCGUAUUAUAGUGGAUAAUUUUGAUCUAAAUUUGUUUAUAUACUGAACUAAUUCCUUGACUUUUGUAUUGUAUUGUGUAGCAGGUACUUCGAUACACAUUCUUCCAGAAAGUCGUCCUUAAAGAGAUCCGACCAUGGCGUCGGAGCAGUUUUCCCUAUGUUGGGAUAAUUUCCACAAAAAUAUGAGUUCUGGAAUGAACUCAAUGUUAGAAAAUGAGGAUCUAGUAGAUGUAACUUUAGCAGUGGAAGGAAAAUACCUUAAGGCUCAUAAAAUGGUGCUUUCUGUGUGUAGUCCAUAUUUCAAAGAACUCUUUAAAAGUAAUCCGUGUAAACAUCCUAUAGUUUUUAUGAAGGAUGUUUCGUAUGUAGCAUUGAGUGAUUUAUUACAAUUUAUGUACCAAGGCGAGGUACAAGUUAGUCAAGAAAAUUUAUCAACAUUCAUUAAGACUGCCGAGGCCUUACAAAUCAAGGGACUCACCGGUGAUGGAAGUAAUGCUACUGAAAAUGAUACUGACCAAGAAGAAAAAUCUAUACAACAUAUUGUAGAAGAAACAAAAUCUGUUCCAUCAGUACCUAGACCGAAAAAAUUACCUCCAUCCCAAGCUGUUGUUCAACCUCCAGCUAAAAGACAAAGAACGAGCACAUCAUCUUCUGAAAUGGCACCUAGUAAUGUAGUAACGAAAACGGAACCUAUAACAAACCCACCUAACGAAUUUGUACAGUUUAAAAUGGAACCAUAUGAUCAGUCACAGACUAUAAGUAUACAGGAUGAUGAUGAACAAUUUGGCGAAGGACUUGAGGAAACCGUUGGUGAUGAUACAGAAGACUAUAGCAUGAUGGAAGGUAAUGAGGAGGAACCGCAGGCGGGGACAAGCACGGAAGGCACUGGUGAAGGACAAGGAAAGAUUUACUUCGAAGCCGGAUUUAGAACACCUAGAAUUGUAUUGGAAGGUUAUCGUUAUUUCAUGUACAGAAGAAAAGACGAAACGACAACGUGGCUUUGCAUAUCUUAUUAUAACCUAAAAGGAAAACGAUGCAAGGCCAAAUUAUCCACUCACGGUACUCACGCGACUCUUAUUGGCCACCAUAUACACCCAAAACAAAUCGACAGUGACGAGUAUAAAGAUAUGUAUUCCGAAGACGUUGUUGUAUCCAGAGAAUCCAAUAAAAAGAAUACUAGUGAUACAACAAAAUAAAUUGAAUCCAUAUAACUUGUAACUAUUUUUUAUCUGACCCUCAUCAACAGCUUCUGCCUGAUCUUAAACUUGAUCUUAAAUCUACACUUUUCUGAAAAACCAAUCCAGAUCAACCAAGAAAUUGUAUUGUGUUCUGUUUCAUUUGAACAUUUCUAUGUUAGUUGGAGGUUCCACUUUUAGCUUUUAUGUCCAAAUAAGAGUAGUUAAGAUUCAAAUUUCUGAUCAAGCUGAUGAGGAAGAACUAACAUAAUAUCCCAAAUGUUCUUCUAGAAUAUUAACUGACCAUGUUUACUUGUAUGUUUAUGUUUUCGAAUAUUAUAGUUUUAUUUGAUAUAAUACAUUUAUUAUUGUUUUUAGUUUAUAUAACUUUGAAAGUAUUUUAUCUUGUUAUUAAUUUGAAUGAUCUUAUUACAUGUAAUUGAUAUUUACGAACUAAAUAACCAAUAAUAUCUAAGUUCUGUAUUUUUGAAGUGUUUAUCUUUAUUCUUUCAAAUUUGAAAAUUGUACAUGAGCUUUUGUUUUGAUCGGUUCCUUCAAACUGUUUUAACAAAAAUCAAUUUUGAGUUGCAUCUAACUCCAUGAACGGAACCGGUCUUUCUAUGUUCUAACAUUUUUCCUGAAUACUCUGACUAGGGAUGAGAAAAUAAGUUAACACAUAUAUAUAUUUUUAUUUUUUAUAGAACUUUUCCUAUUUAAAAGGAGCAAUACUAAGACUGUUGACAAUUGCUGUUCUCGAAUGUUGAAAUUAAUAAAGAAUAGUUUGUUAUUAUUUUUUUUUCUGGAAAAAACUCGACGUUUAUGACUAUAUACUAUGAAGCGAAGUCACAAAUUCGGAAGUGUUUUUGACUAUCCAGAUUUAUGCGCACGUUCAAUUCGUGCAGUGGAUGUGUUUGCAUCCAAGUGUUAUAUACAAUUAACACAUUGUGUUUCAGGAAGGAUCUACUUCGAUGUGGGUCAGACCAAACCAAAAAUCAUAUUGGAGGGUUAUAGUUACUACCUAUACAG